AUGCAAAUCAGCAGCAUUCCGCCCGCACGCUGCCAUUGGACGUCUGGCCGCGAGAAGCAGGGCGGGAAGGCGCGGGCCAAGGCCAAGUCGCGCUCGUCGCGGGCCGGCCUCCAGUUCCCCGUGGGCCGCGUGCACCGGCUGCUGCGCAAGGGCAACUACGCGGAGCGGGUGGGCGCCGGCGCCCCCGUGUACCUGGCGGCCGUGCUGGAGUACCUGACGGCCGAGAUCCUGGAGCUGGCGGGCAACGCGGCGCGCGACAACAAGAAGACGCGCAUCAUCCCGCGCCACCUGCAGCUGGCCAUCCGCAACGACGAGGAGCUCAACAAGCUGCUGGGCAAGGUGACGAUCGCGCAGGGCGGCGUGCUGCCCAACAUCCAGGCGGUGCUGCUGCCCAAGAAGACCGACAGCCACAAGGCUAAGGCCAAGUGAAUACAACCGUAAGAAACCUGUUGUAUCUCCUGAUGAAUAUAAUGUAAAUACUCUUUUCAAAGCCGUCCACAACGUUCACGAAAGACUUAAGUUUUCUACAGUAUAUUUACUCAGUUGCAUAUGAAUUACUCAACCCGUGCUGUUUUCUUUCUUUCUCU